AUGGAGGAGGCUCUGGAUCACUUCUUCAUUCUUGUAGGGCUGCUGGUGUGCCUGUUCUUCCUGGUGAAGUGUGUGAGAUUCUCUAAAUGUAUUUUUCUGAGCUUCAGGGAAACUGUGCCUCCAUCUUUUUUGCCAUCUAUGGGACAGUGGGCAGUUAUCACUGGAGCAGGUGAUGGCAUUGGAAAAGCAUAUUCAUUUGAGCUAGCAAGACGAGGACUCAAUGUUGUACUUAUCAGCCGGACGCUAGAAAAACUCCAGACUGUUGCUGCUGAGAUUGAAUGGGCUACAGGGACAAGUGUGAAGAUUAUACAAGCAGAUUUUACCAAAGAUGACAUCUAUGAAUAUAUUGAAGAAAACCUGAAAGGCUUAGAAAUUGGCAUCUUAGUGAACAACGUUGGAAUGCUUGCAAGCCAUGUUCCAAGCCCUUUUCUUGCCACGCUGGAUAGAAUCCAGAGCCUCAUACAUUGUAACAUCACCUCAGUAAUCAAGAUGACACAGCUGGUUCUGAGACACAUGGAAUCAAGAGGAAAAGGUCUCAUCUUGAACAUUUCUUCAGGGGCAGCCCUCUGUCCUUGGCCUCUGUUCUCUUUGUACUCAGCUUCCAAGGCUUUUGUGCGCACAUUUUCCAAGGCUCUGCAAGCAGAAUAUAGAGAAAAAGGCAUCAUUAUCCAGGUACUGACACCAUUUGCUGUUUCAACCUCAAUGACAAAUCAUCUAGAUACCAGCAUGACAAUCAAAAGCGCUGAUGGAUUUGUUAAAGAAUCAUUGAAUUACGUCAUGGCUGGAGAUGAAGCCUGUGGUUCCCUUGCCCAUGAAAUCCUGGGACAGUUUCUGAACCUGAUCCCAUCUUGGAUCUUCUACAGUCAGACCUUCCAACGCCUCCUCCUGAAGUGCUACAGAGAUAAUUAAAGGAAGACCCUCAAGGUCACCUAACGUGGGUGAUGUACUGGAGGCCCAGCAUCAUCUCUUUUGCUGGCCUUCUUCGUGGGCUGAUGAGGGCCAGAGGCGCUGACCGAACCCUUCAUCUCACUGAAGCUGGAG